CUUCUUUCUCAGUCUAUGCCAGGCGCCAUGACAGUGACCUCUGUGGGCAGGUAUGAAUCCCACUCAAUUGCCAAACUAGAGGAUCUCACAGAGGCCAUGCAACGGGAGCUCAAAUGACUCACUAAAUUGGAGGCAGAAAUUGUAACCCUACACCACGUGCUGGCAGCCAAAGAGAGACAGUGCAUGGAGCUUAAGAGGAAGCUGGGCCUUACGGCCUUUGCGGAACUGAAGCAGAAUCUGUCCAGGAGUUGGCAUGAUGUUCAAGUCUCCAACGCCUACAUGAAACAAAAGACAUCAGCUUCCCUGUCCACCAUGGGCUCUGCCAUCUGCAGGAAUUUUGGAGACAUGAAGAAGUCAGCCACAUUCAGAUCCUUUGAAGGUCUGAUGGGGACAAUCAAGUCCAGGGUCGCAGGUGGCAGAGAGCUUGGCAGUGACUGCCUUCCUUUCUCAGUGAGAAGUGGGGAUGAUCCACUCCCAGUUUCAGGGAGUACAGACGACCGGCUCCCGGUUUCAGGGAGCAGGACUGAUCCAGUUCCAGGGAGUAAGGAAGAUCUACUUCCCUUUCUGGAGCCAGAAUGA